GACGAUGUCAAUGAGACCGGCCUGGGGGCCAAAGUUAUUUCUCGUGCUGAUGACGACCACGAUCGUUAUCGGCAAUUAUCAGCGUCAUCGUGAGAGGACCUAUUUACGCGAGCAGCUCGUUAACGUGCACAAAGUAACGAGGAACGUCACCAAGUUACAAGAGGAAAUAAUUGCCAAUCUGCCACCCCUUCGUAUUCCUCGAUUGAGACAUCAUCGAGUAACGGACUGGGAUCCUUAUUUCGAGAAUGCAGAAGGUCAGGGUAUUAAUGGAUCCCAAAAUGUCGCGUUACAUCUUGGUGCCACGGCUCUUCUCGAUUGUCGUGUUGCGAUGUUGUCUGGGAAACAGGUCAUGUGGUUACGCCGCAACGCGGACUGGGCAUCCCUUUUAACUCUGGGUAACACUACUCACAUUUCCAAUCCCAGGUACAGCGUUAGCUUUCAAUAUCCAAAUAAUUGGAGGCUGGCGAUUGCUGGGGUAAGAAAAGAGGAUCGUGGAUUGUACGUCUGUCAAGUGAACACGCAUCCCCCGAGAAUGCUCAUCACGAACGUCACCGUUUUAGCUCCGGAUAUCAGGAUCGUGGACGAGGCCAGACACGAGUUGCGAGACCGUUAUUACAAAACCGGUAGCGGUAUCGAGUUGGCAUGUGUCGCGCGGCCAUCUUGUCCCGACUCGAAGAUACCGCAUCCCGUCUGGAGGAAAAAUGGCGAAACGUUGCCGGAUCACGUGAACGUUUAUCACAUUAAUGGGUCGAACGAAGAUCUGGUGACCAAGCUGUACAUCGAACAGGCAAAAAAGACUGACAGUGGUGAAUACUCGUGCUCAGUGAGCCAAUUCAGUACUGCCGCAGUGCAUAUUCACGUUUUGAAUGGUGAAAAGCAAGCAGCAGUUCACCAUGACCAGUGGAAUGCAGCGCGAGCAAAUCACCAUGAAAAAUUGAGCAGGUUAUACAUCAUGAUCGCCAGCUUUCUCCUGCCUCAAGUUUGGAUGAUCAACUCGCCAUGAAUCCAGUCGGAUCUUAAAACCAUAAUCGCACGUUACUUCGUCUCAUCCGUUUGUGGGUGAAAACGUUGAAGCAACAGA